UCGAAACGUGUGGCUCCAAAUUGGUCAUCGCCUGCCAUAUAUGCUUUUUCUGUGAAAGAAGAGAAAUUUUCACUUUUCAGUAAUGGCCAAGGACGAAGCGAGGAGUAGCAGUCGUCGUUCAAGAUGGUCCCUUUCGGGGAUGACCGCUCUUGUUACCGGAAGCACUCGUGGAAUCGGGCGUGCAGUGGUGGAGGAACUGGCUGAAAUGGGCGCCAGUGUAUACACAUGUUCCAGGAAUGAAGAAGAGCUGAACCAGUGCUUGCAAGAUUGGGCUUCUAAAGGCCUCAAAGUCUCGGGUUCCGUAUGUGACGUCACGUCCAGAGAUCAACGCGUGCUUCUCUCUCAGAAGGUUUCCUCUGCCUUUGAUGGCAAGCUCAAUAUUCUUGUUAACAAUGUUGGGAAAUCUAUUUUGAAGCCUACCGUUGAGUAUACAGCUGAAGAAUACUCUCAUCUCAUGGCUACCAACUUAGAGUCUUCUUACCAUUUUUCUCAACUUGGUUAUCCUCUUCUAAAGGCAUCUGGAGCUGGAUCCAUUGUCUUUGUUUCCUCGGUUGCUGGCUUGGUACAUAUUGCUGCUGGAUCUAUUUAUGGCGCUACCAAAGGGGCUAUGAACCAACUUACAAAGAACUUGGCUUGUGAAUGGGCAAAAGAUGCCAUUAGGGUCAAUUGUGUAGCACCUUGGUAUAUUAAAACCUCUCUUGUUGAACCGAUGUUUGCGAACAAAGAGUUUCUGGAUAAGGUGAUAUCCCGAACCCCUCUCAGGCGGGUAGGGGAACCUGAAGAGGUUUCAUCAGUGGUUGCUUUCCUUUGUCUUCCUUCAGCUUCUUAUGUAACUGGUCAGGUUAUUCCCGUUGAUGGUGGUUUCACUGUGAAUGGCUUUGAAAGUUAGAAGCUUUAUUAUAUCCUAUUCUAAGUGAAUUUACCGUUUACCCCAUUCCCCUUCUCUUUGGUUGAAUUGAAUUUUCUUUUACAAAUAAGGUGAAAUACUUGCUGCAUGUAAAUCUCUUGCUCGGGCAAAGAAAAAGUAUUACUCCCCGAUUUCCUUUUUAUCUUGCUACUUUCCGUUUCGGAAUUCGGAUCCUCUGUAAACAAUGUUACUUUUGCCAUUUAUUUAAAAAAAUGUGCGGUUUACAUUCUUCUACUUUUA